AUGGUAAGUUGGGUCACUUUUUCCACCCUAUUUGCGACCGAAGGUCGACAGUUCUUAAUGAGCAUCUUUACCGGUUCUCUUUCAGCGUGAAUGCCUUAGCAUACAUAUUGGCCAGGGCGGCGUUCAGAUUGGUAAUGCCUGCUGGGAGCUCUAUUGCCUAGAGCACGGUAUUCAGCCAGAUGGUCAGUUGCCGAGCGAUAAAACGAUCGGUGGUGGAGAUGACUCAUUCAACACAUUCUUCUGCGAAACUGGAGCCGGGAAGCAUGUCCCUCGGGCUGUAAUGGUCGAUUUGGAGCCAACGGUCGUAGGUAAGUGUUUUGAUACCGCGGGUUCUGUGAAAGCUGGAUUUAGACGCACGAAUAAUGAACCAAAGAUAUAGUAGUUGAGGCUUGUUAGCUCACCUCAAUCUACUGAUUGCCAAGUCGCAUCUAGGCAUAUUGAAAUGCUCAUCCUAACAAGACACACUAAAAUCUUCAUCAUAAGUAGUUUUCUGUGCUUGCUUUCUGACGGUUAAAAAGGUUAAAAAGCAUUACUGUCAUAAGCUAUUUGAAGUCUAAUUGUCGUGUUUCUAAACUGGAGACUUGAUACCGGCAGGUGUAAGACUCGCUUCGUUAAGGAAAACAUGGAUUAAUGUGUUUGUGAACGUUUAAUAUAUUCAGGAGUUUGUUACGAUGUUUCCAAACAACUUUUGUACAUUGAAAACGGUUUCAGAAUUACUAAAGCCUUCAAACAUUGAAAUUAACUAAUCACUUCUGUUAGUGAAGACGUUUAACUGAAAAAAACGUCCUGGUCAAGACGCAGUGAAAUCGUCGUGCUUAACAACGACUCCAUUCUUGCAGGACCGUUCAAGAUUGAAACCAACAGUGGCUAUGGUACGACAGUUCAACCGUCGUUGCCGACGAUGCCCACCGUGUGCUCCACAGCUAGGCGGAACAGGGACGGUGACUUGUGUUUGAAUUAGUUUAUAAAGAAAGUAGACUUUCGCUUCGUCUACCGCACUCUCUCCUUCCCUACCGGCAUUUGUUAUGGUGCGUAUUCCGAUAACGCCUGCCAGAAUCCGCUAUGGCCUCCGUGUUGGUCCAGCGAAUCUACCAUGUGACCCGUUUGGGGGGGGGGAGGGAGGCACAGUUGCUAUGAUAACUGAGUGCAGCUGAACAUAUUCCUUGAAACAUUCCAGUCUCUUUAUGGUUUAUACUAAUGACGUAGGUGCUAUUGGGACUGCGAUAGAAUCUUUUUCCCAUAUUGGUGGACAUCACAGUUUAGAUUCCAGAAUGUUAGAGUGAAUAAGGAGAAAAAGACAGGCGGCUCUAUGUCAGAUGAUCGUUAAGUCCUUUUCGUACCGCUUUCUAGUUAAUCUGAACACCUUUUCUUAGACGAGGUACGGACUGGAACCUAUCGUCAGCUAUUUCACCCAGAACAACUCAUAACAGGCAAAGAGGACGCUGCUAACAACUAUGGUCGAGGGCACUACACAAUCGGCAAGGAGAUGAUUGACCUCAUUCUUGAUCGCAUCCGUAAGCUGGCCGACAAUUGCAGCGGUCUGCAGGGAUUCUUCUUCUUCCACUCAUUCGGAGGCGGCACCGGCUCCGGUUUCACCUCCCUACUGAUGGAGCGUGUCAGCGUAGACUACGGCAAGAAGUCAAAGUUAGAGUUUUCUAUCUACCCGGCUCCCCAAGUCUCUACUGCCGUAGUCGAGCCGUACAACUCCAUUCUUUGCACGCAUUGCACACUGGAGCAUUCUGACUGUUGCUUCAUGUUCGACAAUGAGGCCAUCUACGAUGUCUGUCGGUAAGACGACUCAGACGACCUUCUAGUUUUCGAAUAAAGUGCAGCGAUGACCGUCCUUUGGUUGACUGCAGUUUCUCUGCGCAGAAGUAUUGUGCACUUUUCGAAAACGAUCUUGACAUAAUCUGCAGCUUAAAUGACUGUUAUACUUUGGGUGUAGUCACGUUCUAAGCCAUCGUCUGAUCUCUAAAAAGUACAGUUGGUCUGCUUUCCAGCGGUUAGUCGAUGUUUGAAGUGGCACUUAUUCCAUAUUUGGGCUAAAGACUAAGGAGGACGACGGAGAUUUAGGACUCAAAACAAAUGAUGAAUAGUAGAUCGGAAUGCAUUGUUACCACAGCACGUCUGCCUAACGCCUUCACGAGUAAUAGUACUUUUGCUGUAAGCGAUCUUGCGGUUUGGACUACACCUUUGUCGGAAUCUCUACUGCUUUUACACUGAAUAUAUGCGUAAGUGCCAGCCAAUGGCCUAUUGAAGAGAGUGUGUUAGUAUCCUGAAUACGUUAUUUUCACAGGGGCCUGAUUAAUGGUGUUAAUGCUUAAAACGUUCGCAGAUUUAAAGCAUAAUUUGAUUUCUUCACACCCCAUAUCUUAUUUCAGAUGUAAUAUAUAAGCGGCCGUCCUGUUCAAUAUGGAGCAUCAGGAAAUGCUACCGAUAACAAAGCGAAUCCUUCAACCAUUUCUUGCGAAUCGAGUUCAGCACAAAUUUAUCUCACGAUGAAACACACGCUAACAUCUUGCCAUCCCUUCGCUAAGUGCAGGGAUUUUUCAACAUUGGAAAUAUUUGCCCUAGUUAUGUGGUUUGUGUCUCGCCCCGCGAAUAAUGCCAUAGAAUAAUAGUAACAUGGAGGUGAAAAAGAGACUGGAAUGGUCAUUUCUGGUUUGUUGGCCGUCACCAGCCAGCUAUGCUUAACUCCGAGGUAUGCAACUCCCAAGGCUCGAACUUGCGGCCUGUUGUUUAUGAGUCCAAAGCCCUAACCAUUGAGCCACGGACUCGUCCUGUCGGUUGCCAUCGGAUAUAUUAACAGUGGCCGUGGGGGCGCGCACCAAUCGCGUUACGGUACCUACCUGUCCCGUUGCAUAUCUCGGAUUUGGAUGUGACUGGUUGGUGACGACUUAUAACCCAGAAAAGGCCAUUCAAUUUCCCUCGUCUUUGUCGGUAAUGCCGUACUGCUUAUAGCAGGCGCCGUCGUGCGGUUGUUGAUGGGGCUCGACAGGGAGCCCCAAGACACAACAGAAAGAGUGAGUUCCGCAACGCGAUCGGUGUGUGCUCCUCCUCUACCGUUGUCGGUGUUUUAAACGAGGCAAAAUGUAUAUUGUUCAUUUCCUUGUGCAUGCCUUCUUGUGAAGGAAAAAAGACAUUUCUAGUUUUUCUACUUGUCUGCCGCUAUAAAGACUAGUGUUUAAUUAUUUCCUUUAGACGUAGUCUUGAUAUUGAGCGACCAACUUACACCAACCUCAAUCGCCUGAUAGCUCAAGUCGUGAGUUCCGUCACCGCAUCACUGCGCUUUGAUGGUGCGCUCAACGUUGACCUGGUUGAAUUCCAGACGAAUCUAGUGCCCUACCCACGAAUCCACUUUCCCCUAACCACCUAUGCACCAACCAUUUCCGCGGAGAAGGCCUACCACGAACAGUUGACGGUGAGUGAAAUCACGAACAGCUGUUUCGAGCCCGCAAACCAAAUGGUCAAAUGUGAUCCUCGUCAUGGAAAGUACAUGGCCUGUUGCAUGCUCUAUCGUGGAGACGUUGCCCCCAAAGACGUGAACAGUGCCAUUGGCAGUAUAAAAUUGAAGAAGACAAUUCAGUUUGUCGACUGGUGUCCCACUGGUUUCAAGGUCGGUAUCAACUACCAGCCACCGACUGUCGUGCCGGGCGGAGACCUCGCCAAAGUUCAACGCGCUGUCUGUAUGUUGAGCAACACGACUGCAAUAGCUGAGGCCUGGGCCAGACUGGACCAGAAGUUCGAUCUAAUGUAUGCGAAACGCGCCUUCGUGCAUUGGUACGUGGGUGAAGGCAUGGAAGAGGGCGAAUUCUCAGAGGCUCGGGAGGACAUGGCCGCGCUGGAGAAGGAUUACGAGGAAGUAGGCGCAGACACAUUUGAAGGCGAAGAGGAGGAGGGCGAGGAGUAUUAA